CCCUCUUUCUACACCCCCCAGAGCGGCUAUGCAGGAGCUUGUUGUUUCUUUCCUGAAAGUCAGGUUUAACCGCAAGGUCAGCGAGAAGACUUAACACGCCGUUAUUCCUGAUGCUGAAAUGGAUGAUUUCGACUAUAGCGUUCAUAUAGCAGACAGAGACUGGGAUGCUUUUCUCACAGAGUCAGAUGAGUGCAUCCUAUCUCAGGCUUCCUUGGCUGACCUUGAAGAUCCUUGUCUGAGCGACAUUGAUGAUCCUGGGACCACAACAGCUGACAUAAGAAGAGAAACUGAGGUUCACACAUUCUCCAAGGACUGUGCUGUGCCUGACUUUUCUUUGUUUGACCCUUUAGACUUUUCAGGGUCUCCUGUCGAGAGUGAUCAGUUGUGCUGCUCAGAGGGUGCGUGGCUGAAGAUGGCGGAAGAUAUUCUUUCUGGCAGUGAAGAAGAGAUGGACCUUGAAUCCGUGAAUACGUUCCUGGAGCAGCUUCCAAAAGUUGCAGGCCAACAGAAUCCAACAACAGAACCACUGUCUUUUCAAAUUCAGGAUGGUGAAAACAUUAUGGAGUCCAUUCAGUCUUUUUCUAAUAAUAACCCUCACUCAAAAACUGUAGGUGAGCAAAAUUUCAGACAUGGAGUAAAUCUUCAAAGUGAAGAGUUCCCAAAGUUACUCUUUAUCAACACUGAUAAAGUUGAAACACAAAUGGGAAGGAACUGGCCUUUGAAUGUUGUCCGACAUCACAGUUCUUGUAACUGUAAGGCCCACAGUGACAGAUAUAAGGCACCUGAGGUCAAUUUAGUAGAGAGUAUCAGCUGCCCAGUGAAUUUAGCUUCAGCAAACUCCAUGCCGGAGAGCACCCUUAGGUUCUUCAAAGAAAAUGGGGAAGAACAAUUCUCCAUCAAAGAGGAAGUAUUUCAUAAUAGCCCUGUUCAUGUCAAUCCUCCUGAAAGUGAACCCAUGCCUUUCUCUGGAGAUGCAGAAAAAUCUGAUGAAAAUGUGGCUUUCCAAGGGUCAUCUGGACCUUCGGGGCUUUCUCUACAGGAAAUCUUUGAAGAUGGGAACAAGAAGAGUCUGCCUAAGAUACGCCAAGUAAUGAGCAAAGAAAAUGAUUAUAUAAGGAUGACUCAAAGUUCUCCUCAGAUUUACUCCAGGAAUGCAGAAAAUGGUAGAGAUGCCGAACACACCAAAAAGACAAAUGCUAGUUCUGAUCUUGAUUUAUCAACAGAAGUUACAGAAAUCCAUCAAAUGGACCAAACGCUUAAGUCAAUUGCUCCCAGUCCAAUGACAAAAACAGAAAAUGACGACAGCCCAUACAUCACCUUUACAGCUUCUGUUUCCAGUGACCUCUUUCAGGUCCCACCAAGAAACAACAAAAUUGAUGGCCUGUUUCUCAAUCCUAAACAUAUAGGGAGCCAGUCUCCAGCUAGUGGAUUAAUCGAUCUUACUUGCCAUCGUUUAUCUUCUUCAGAUGAUUGUAAUGUGGGAGCUGAAGAGGCCAAUAUUCUCCUAGAGGACAUACCCUCCAGCCAACAGUUUCCAAAAAACACAUAUAGCCAAGAGAGUGUCAGGCAAGACUCAGAAAAGCUUUAUGACUUUCAGGACUCAUCUCCUUGUUGCACACUUGUAGAUGACUGGGUUCCUUCGACCCAUGGAGUCUCCACUGAUGCCCCUAAAAUUCAUGCAAUCUCAGCAUUUUGGGAAGAAAUGGAAAAGCUAACCAUCAAUGACAUCUUACAUAUCCGGCUAAUGAACUGUAAUAGGGAUGAGGAAGAACGUUUUCUGGUGCACGAUAAAGCAGUGGAUCUAUCAGAAACUAUUCAAUCCCAGUUUGCCCAUCGGACAGAAGACUCCUGUUUGCCUCAUGAUGGUUCAAACAUUUCUGAAGAAGAAAAGUGCUCAUCAGGACUGGGAGUUAAAGAAAAUCUCAGUUUGGAUUCUGAGUCAAAUAACAGCCAAUUCAACUUCGGACUAAGGGACUUGGCUGAAGCUGAUAAGAAAACAAACAUCUCAAAAAUCACUGGACUUAGAAAAAGUAGCUCCCUGAUGGACUUCAAAAGGAUAUUGUUAGUGCCAACUGUUGAGUCUUUAACCAAACAAACAAGUAACACUCCCAUCAAUAAAAGUGUGAGUGCAGAGCAUCUUCUAGCGUCACCUAAAACAGAGAGCAUCUACAAUAUUACCGUUCAAAUAGAGCCAAAGGGAUUUAGUGUCAAAGAUACAGAUCAGCUAACCACUGAAGGUUUCAUCGAUAUUCCAGUAGUACAAAACAACAGUGGGGAAGUUGUGCCAUUCAUAAGCAAUUCCGUUCUUGGGGAAUGUGCAAACACUGCUUACAUGGCAUCUGUACCAGAAAUGUUUGAGUAUUUUUUUUGUGACAGUGAAUCUGACCCCAGCCAUGUAAUCCCUAAAGAUGGUAAGACUGAUGCCCUAUCAGUCGCUGAAAUGUAUGAUUACUUUUUCUCAGACUUUGGCAACGAGGUUUUGAUGGCAAAUCAAGGACAAUGCAAAUCAUUUACACCUAUACUUCCUCAUUCCACUUCUUCUCACCAAGUGUGCGACCACUUCUUCCCCGACAUUGAUGAAGAAGUGGACUCAGAAGAGGACUGUGGCCCCAUACGUGUGAUUUCACGCAUGGAUGCUUUUGCACCACAGGCUGCUGGAAAUCUCGCAACUCCUGAAACCUAUGACUUCUUUUGCAGUGGCACCGAAAUACAAGGGGAUCUCUUUUCAAGGUUUUCCACGUCCUUCCGGAAACGACAGCUUACAGCUGGAAUUCAAAAGUUUCUUAGAAAUAUGAGAUCACUGCUGAGGACAAACAGUGCCAGUGAGAAGCAUUCUUUGGGACGAAGACAGUCAAAGGAGCACAUGGGCAAAAAGGUGAAGAGGAAUCGUUCUGCAGUGAGGUUGCACUUCCUGGAGAAUGACUUGCUGAGGUUUAUUGAAGAGCAAACACAGAAGGCAGCUGAAACUCAGAUGGCAGUGGCUGUGCCAAGAAAGGAGAACUUCCUUUUAACAUUUGAUCACACAGAUAUGUGUUUAGUGUGCAUUGCCUUUGCAUCGUGGGCUAUGAGAUCAGCUAACCUGCAAAGCCCUGACAUGUGGAAAACUGCUUUGUUAGCAAAUGUGAGUGCCAUUUCUGCAAUCCGGUACUUCCGAAGAUAUGUCAAAGAAGACAAAGUAAAAGUGUGUGAGCUUCUGUAAAAGUCAUGCCCUUCACAUCUUCAUUUACUGUAUGGAUCAGGACAGGAGAGAAUUAGACGAAUGGUAAAUCAAGACUGACUGUGUGACUCUUCGUGCUGAAGGCCUAAUAGUUUUCACAAUUCCGCAGCGGAGUGAACUGAGCCUUGAUGUUUUUUCAUUCUUUUCAGAAACUUUUGGAAAUUAUGCAACUUUUGGUCAAUUCCUUGGUUCUUUUACUGCAGAUUGUAUAGAAUGUAAAUAGUUCAAAUGAAAAUAUAUACAGUAACUUUUAAAGGUAUUUUUGUAACAGCAGAGAAUGUUCUUGGUUAUAUGUGCUAGUAGGAGAUAUAUUUUUGUACACUAACUGCAAUAUGUUGAUGAUGAGCUUAUUCGCAAGUCUGUUACACUGCAGGAAAGCGGAUGUGUGUGUGGAAAGUGUCAGAGGAGUCAGUGGACUAAAAGGCGUGACGGUAACUAAUUUAGUACGCUAAUCAACAAGCAAGAAAAUGUUUUAUGCGCAGUAUAAAUUCUUUAGUGGUCCAAACCUUCUGAUCAAACUGAUGGAAUUCUAACUCAUAAUGAACAUUAUGAAGGUACCAUUUACUGUCUAUAUAUGGGUGGGCCAAAGAGCAUCAAAGGGACUCUGGGUUGGAUUGGAUACGGGUUGAUGCUUUACUAGGCCAAGAUCUGAUAAAAUAUUAAAAACUGAAUGAUCAAAAAACUUUUUUCAAAGCUUCAGCCUUUAGUUGCAGAUUAUGUGUACAACAUUUUAGCCUGGAAUGUGUUCCCAAUUAAUGCUGCUUUUUGACCACAUAGAAUUAAAUAAUUUAACAAACUAA